GGAGCGACGUGACGUAGAGAGCCCGAAAAACUCGGCGGAAAGUUAGCUGGUGAAAAACAUCCAUCCAUCCACCAGAGUUUUGCCGAGACUCGGAAUGCGCGUACUCGCCCCCGUGUCUAUCAUUCAUAGCUGUGGAUAUGCAAAAAUACUUUUCACGUCGCUGCAAUGUGUGUGUCGAUGGGGCGCUCCUCGCUCUCUGUAUUGUGCUGCUGAACAGCUUUGCUCUUGCCUCAGAGGACGAUGGGGUUUUGGGGGAAAAACAACUUGCCGAGCUGUACAGUAAAGGUGCGUUCAUCCUGGAGAUCGUACGGCCGGGUGCCCAGCAGCAGCAGUGCGUAACCCUGGACCCCUCGGCCUCCUCGCCCAUGGGGGGCCUGUACCUGACGGACUGCGGGCGGCCCACGCAGGCCAUGCUGUGGAAGUGGGUCUCCCGGCACCGCCUCUUCAACCUGGGCAGCAGCCUGUGCCUGGGCCUCAACACCAGCCACGCCGCCCAGCCGCUGGGGGCCUUCGAGUGCGACUCGCCCCUCCGCACCAUGUGGUGGCGCUGCAACGGGAACAUGCUGUACGGCGCGCUGCAGCUGAAGCUGGGCGUCGCCCUGGACGGCGGCGGGGGGCGGCUGACUGUCAAGAGGUCGUCCUACGCGGAGUGGAGGCGGUACCUGACGUCGGGAGAAGGGCCCUGCGCACAUCCCUACGAAGAGAUCCACACGCUGCUGGGUAAUGCCCACGGGAUGCCGUGUGCGCUGCCCUUUAAGUACAACUACAAGUGGUACUCGGAGUGCACCAGCGAGGGCCGCGAGGACCAGAGGCUGUGGUGCGCCACCACCAGCCGAUACGACCAGGACGAGAAGUGGGGCUUCUGCCCAAACCCAGCGUCGGGUUGCGACGGGCUGUGGGAGACCAGCCAUGAGUUGAAGGCCUGCUACCAGCUCAACCUCUACACCUUCGUCAGCUGGAUCCAGGCCCACGCCUCCUGUAGAGCACAGGGGGGACACCUGCUGAGCGUCACCAGCCUCGCCGAACAGAACUACAUCAAGGACAGACUUGCUGAUGUUGGGGUGAUGGUGUGGACUGGACUGAACCAUCUGGGGAAGGAAGGGGGGUGGCAGUGGUCCGACGGAUCCCCCCUCACUCUGAUCGACCUUUUCUCAACGGUGCCCCCCACCCCCAUGCUGGCCAGUCGGCAGUGCGGCGUCAGCAACAACAUGGCCGGCCAGCAGCAGUGGAUGAGCCUGUCCUGCGAGUCGGCUCUGCCCUACAUCUGCAAGAAGACGCCCAACGUCACAAACCGAGCGGAGCCUAUGGAGAGCUGGCAGUACCGUGCCACGGUGUGCCCCAAUGACUGGGUGCCCCAUAACCGCUACUGCUACCGGGUCCUGGAGGAGACUCACAGCUGGGACAACUCCAGCGCCGCCUGCCGCUCCCAUGGGGCCGAGCUGGCAUCCAUACAGACACUCUCACAGCAGGAGCUGCUGCUCAGCCUACUGACCAAUGUGUCGGCCCCGGCGGUGUGGAUUGGUCUGUUCAAGUCUGCCACGUCUCCGUCAGUAGAGUGGGCUGACGGCUCUGCGGUCACUCUGACCGUGUGGCACCACCAGGAGCGCUUCCUGCAGACCCACAACACACGCACAUGCGGCAAAACUGACCCACAGGGUAACUGGCUGUUGGGAGAGUGUUCCGAGAAGCUGCCUGCAGUGUGUAGGACGUCAGGACUGGUGCCGUUACACCCAUCAGGAGAAUGGGACGAAGGAUGCCCUGAGGGCUGGAAGCGUAAAGGCCACCAUUGCUACCAGCUGACGGAGACGGAGCAGACGUUUGAUGACGCCAUGAAGGGAUACUACUGCAAGGGACCACUGGCCACCGUGGAGGACAGGUUUGAGCAGGCGUUCCUGAACAGUCUUCUGGAGAGCCGUGAUGCGUCGGAGAGCCAGCACUACUGGAUCGCCCUGCAGGACAUGGACAAGGGCUGGGAGUACAAGUGGCUCAAGCAGAACGGCUCCAGCACGCCUCUCACCUACACCAACUGGAACCGCCACCAGCCAGUGAGUGUGGGGGGCUGUGUGGCCAUGAGUGGAGGUGCCGCCCUGGGCCACUGGGAGGUGAAGGACUGCAAGUCCCACAAGGCCCUGUCCGUGUGCAAGCAGAGCGUCAGCGGCUACACGGAGGACGCCGACAUGGACAUGCACCUGCACCACAUCGAGCGCUUCGCCCCCUGCCCGCCCGGGUGGGACUCCGGCCCUCACCUGAUCGUCUGUUACAAGGUGUUCCAUGAUGAGAAGGUGCUGAUGAAGCGUUCGUGGUCGGAGGCGGAGUUCUUCUGCCAGGCUCUGGGUGCCGAGCUGGCCAGCUUCGUCCAGUACGAGGAGGAGGCCUUCCUCAGGACCACCAUCGCCAAGAUGUUCGAUGGAACAGAAGGGCGAUGGUUCUGGGUGGGCUUCAAUAAGAGAGACCCAAAGUCAGAGGGAGGCUGGGAGUGGUCCGACGGGACUCCGGUGGUGAGGUCGUUUAUCGAGGAUAAGAAUGAAGACCUGAAUCAUGACUGUGCGGUCUACAGUGACCUCACAAACCACCUCACGCCGCAACCCUGCAACGCCAAACACGAGUGGAUAUGCAAAGUGGUCCGAGGUACCAAGCUGAAAGAGCCAUACUGGUACAACAACCAGGCCGAGCCCUGGGUGUUUUGGCGUGGCUCCGAGUACUACAUGGCCCGUAACAGCUUCCCCUGGGAGUCGGCCCUGAUGGUCUGCAAGAUGAUGGGAGCCGACCUGGUCUCCAUACACUCCAAAGCAGAGCUGGACUUCAUCCUGGAGCGCAUCGCCAAGGUACAACAUGGUCCUACAAAAUGGUGGAUCGGCUUGGCCAUGGAAACAGGUCACGAAGUUGAGUGGACAGAUGGGUCGCAUUAUGACUACUCUAACUGGCAGCCAACGCAGGCGGGAAGCCAGAGCGCCAGCCGGAAACGCUGCGCCUAUAUCUCCUCCCCAGCAGGAGGCUGGUUUGCGGACCCGUGCUCUGAGGUGCAUGGCUACGUGUGCAGGCGACAGACGGCCUCAGUCAUGGAGAUCCCCAGAGAACCCCAUUACAUCGGGGCCUGCCCCAACAACUGGUUCUACUUCGGACACAAGUGCCUCCUGUUGCACCUGGCCAGUGAGCCUAAGGAGGGGAAGAGCUGGAGGGACGCCCACUCCAUCUGCUCCGGCUUCGGGGGCUCCCUGGUGGCCAUCGAGGACGAGAUCGAACAAGCUUACAUCACCAUGCUGCUGGAUGGCAAAUCGGCGGGCGUUUGGAUUGGUCUUCGCGAUGGCGACACCAUGAAAUGGGCCAAUGGGAAGCCGGUCACCUACACCAAUUGGUCCCCUGUGGAACCUAAAAGUUCUCUCACUCAGGAUGAGUGGUUAAGCGAGCCCCACUUGAGUGACGCUCCAGUCUGCACGCUGCUCUCCAACAACCACAACUUCCACUUCACGGGCAAAUGGUACGACGAGAAGUGCAGCGAGAGCGGAUACGGCUUCGUAUGUCAGAAAGCACAAGACCCCAAGAAGGCUCCCACCCAUUCCUACCUGCCCGAGUCGCUGGAGGUGUCCGAGUACAAGAACCGCAGCUACCGGCUGGUGAAGGGCAACCUGAGCUGGUACGGCGCACUGAGCGCGUGCGUGGACCAGGAAGCAGAGCUAGUGAGCAUCACGGACCCCUUCCACCAGGCUUACCUCACCGUCCUGGUCAACAAGCUGGGAUUCCCACACUGGAUUGGACUCUACAGCCAAGAUGACGGCAUAAACUACCAGUGGUCGGAUGGCAGUGACACCCUGUACACGCACUGGGACGCGGGCGACGACGAUGACAGCGUGGUGGGGGACUGUGUCUACAUGGACGUGACGGGAGGCUGGAGGAGGGCCGACUGCGAGAGGAACCUCAAGGGGGCGCUAUGCCACUUCCCACCACCAAAGAGCAAUGCGGUGUCCCAUGGAGUAGACUGUUCGUCCAGCUGGCUGAAGUUCCGUGAGGGCUGCUACAACUUCGAGCCCGUGCUGCAGAGACUAGGCCUAGAGGAGGCCAGAGAACACUGCAGACAGAAAGGGAACUCCUCUGACGUGCUGACCAUCAGGAGUGAGGAGGAGAGUCGCUUCAUCCUGGAGCAGCUGGCUUCAUAUGGCCUUCCUCACCAGACCGUCUGGCUAGCCAUUAGCUUCGACACAGACACUGACUCCCUGUCCUGGUUGGACGGCACACCACUGGACUACUCCAGCUGGCACUUCCGCCCUCCCGACGCCCGCGUGCUGAAGGCCGACACCUGCGUGUCCCUGCGCGUGUCCGACGGCGUCUGGAACCUGGCCUCCUGCACGGACCAACUGGGCUUCGUCUGCAAGACCAAGACAGCGGCAGACCGGGCGGCUGAAGUGGAGGUGGAGCCCCUGAAUGGUAUGCACCACGGAGCUGUGGUGUUAGCGGUGCUGCUGGCCAUCAGUGUGUUCGCCCUGCUGGCCUGCGUGGGCUUGCUGGUCUACAGGAAAGUGGGCCUGCGGCGCCUGACGACUCUGGGACCAGCGUACUACAGACAGACCAGCUCGCAGUCCACCGAGUCGGACGGCAAUGUGCUCAUCGCAGACCUAGAGUCCACGGCAGGGGAAUAAGACUCAUGGUUUUGUAGUGUGUGUGUGUGUGUUUGUGUGUGUGU